UCCCUCUCCACAAACCCUCUUCUCCAGUUUUGUUCAGUUGUGAAUGCCGGGUCCUGUCCAGGUGACAGGAGAACAAUGUUGGUGACCGUCGCAGCAGGCUUUGAGUGCUCUGUGCACCCCUGGGAGCAGUGGGGGCGGAAGCCGGGCAGCUGGCAGCCCGGUGAUAGCGCUCUAUCUGGGGCCGCAGCGCCUGUCCGCGCGUCCUCGGGGUUAUUUCUGGCGGGGCGGCUGCGCUGCGGUCGGCGUGGCUGGCGCCGGGGCUGGCAGGGGUGGGCGGCCUUAUCGCCUGGUUCUCUGGCCAACGCCUGGCGCUCCAGAGCCAGCCGGGUCACUAUCCUCUCGCCAUGAGCUCCGGUGAGUCUAGGGUCCAGCCGAGCCCCUGGCUCCCUGAGCACAGUCGCGUUGGGAGGCGCGCCAGUCGUUUGCCUGAAGCAGGGAGAGAUUUGGGUCGGACUUAGAGGAGACUCACCCAGUGCGCAGGUGGUGCGGUUGGAGAGCCUUUCGGGCAAUGGGGGUCGCGGGCCUGGCCUGGCGCUCCGGAGGCUCAGAGAUGCCGCCCAGGUGCCCCACAGGCCGCCCGGCUCAACGCGCGCUUCCCUUCCAGGACCGCGCAGGGCGCUGAGCCUGCUGCUCCUGCUGCUCGCGCCACGGAGCUGCGCGGCCACACGCUGCCCCGCUCCUUGUGUCUGCGCGGGGACGCUCGUGGACUGCGGGCGCCGCGGGUUGACGUGGGCCUCGCUGCCGACCGCCUUCCCAUCAGACACGACCGAUCUGGUGCUGACCGGCAACAACCUGACGGCGCUGCCGCCGGGGCUGCUGGAUGCGCUGCCUGAGCUGCGCGCCGCGCACCUGGGCGCUAAUCCCUGGCGCUGCGACUGCCACCUGGUGCCGCUGCGCGCCUGGCUCGCCGGCCAGCCCGAGCGCUCGCCCUACCGGGACCUGCGCUGCGCCGCGCCCCCCGCGCUGCGCGGCCGCCUGCUGCCCUACCUGACCGAGGACGAACUGCGCGCCGCCUGCACGCCCAGCGCGCUCUGCUGGGGGGCGCUGGCGGCGCAGCUCCUGCUGCUCGGCCUCGGGCUGCUGCACGCCUUGCUGCUGCUGCUGCUGCUGUGCCGCCUGCAGAGGCUGCGCGCUCGCGCCCGCGCCCGCGCCCGCGCCGCGCACCGGCUGUCGCUGACCGCCCCGCUGGUGGCGGAGCCGGCUGGAGCCGGCGAGUCCUGAGAGCCGAGCGACGCGGAGCCAACCCGACAGGACCCAGUCCCGGGAGUCCUCGCCCUAACCUUGACCCAUGCCCCUCCGCCGCCCAGGCACAAUCUCCCAGACCACGCCGCCCCCGGCAGGCCCUUCCACAUGGGCUCUGCUCCUUUCCGCCACCACUAGCGAGGCGAAGCCAAUCCCUGCACGUUAGGCAGGUCCAGGCGGUGAGCUGCAGCCCGGACCCCGCCCGGGU